CAGGGGGAGUGCGGGCGUUCCCGAGAUGUCGGCGUACAGCGGAGCGGAGGCUUCUUGCGGAAAACGUCCCAAGCACUCUCUUCAGAAAAUCUCGGUCAAGCUUACAUAAACAACGGCAAUGUGUUUUGAGAACAACACAAGGUCACGCCGCGCUGGCACAGCAGUCGGUGGGCGUGUCUGGCGCUCUCAGAGCCCCGCCCCGACCCUGCGUGGGCGUGGAGACCAGGUCCCUCCCCCCCAGGGAUCUGCCGCGUCGCCAGCCACCGGCGUAUCCAGCACCGCCGGCACUGCCAGCUAUUCUCAGCCGGUGACUUCAGGCGAUAUUUCUGAAUUGGAAGUCGAACAGGGGGCGCGGCUGGAACGUCGUAGCGCAGUCUGUGCCCAGAGCGCCCCGGGUCAGCAGCAGAGCCCCGACCUCCGGCAGCGCAGACAGUCCCGACAAGUCGCAAAGAUGCCGUUCAAGCCCCCAGAAGUGCCGAAGUGCCCGACUUGCGAAAAGUCGGUCUACGCCGCUGAGGAGCGCGUUGCCGGAGGCUACAAGUACCACAAGACCUGCUUCAAGUGCUCCAUGUGCAACAAGGCGCUGGACUCCACCAACUGCAGCGAGCACGAGAAAGUCUUGUUCUGCAGGCAGUGCCACGGCCGCAAGUACGGCCCCAAGGGCUACGGCUUCGGCGGUGGCGCCGGUGCGCUCAGCAUGGACACUGGAAGCCAGUUCUCAGAGAACGAGCCGCCGCCCGUCGAGGCGGUGCCGAUUCCGGAGGCGGCCAUCCGAGCGCCCCCGGGCGAGGGGUGCCCCCGCUGCGGCGGCGCCGUCUUCGAGGCCGAGAAGAUGAAGUCGCGCUUCCGGAACUACCACAAGCCUUGCUUCAACUGCAAGGCGUGCCACCGCAUCCUGGACUCGACCAAAGCCUGCGACGGUCCCGACAAGGACGUCUACUGCAAGCUCUGCUACUCCAAGAAGUACGGCCCCAAGGGUUACGGCUUCGGAGGCGGCGCCGCCUUCCUGCAGUCCGACGUCAUCGCAGCUGAGUCUCCCCAGUCGAAGCCCGAGUGGGUAAAGCUGGACCGAACCUCCAUCAAGCCGACAGAAGGGCCGGGAUGUCCGCGCUGCGGGGGUGCUGUGUUCGCCGCCGAGUUGAUGCUCUCCAAGGGUCAGGAGUGGCACAUCUCCUGCUUCAGCUGCCGCGACUGCAAGCGACCCCUGGACUCCACCAUCGCCUGUGACGGUCCCGAUCGCGAGAUCUACUGCAAGAACGACUACGCCAAACGCUUCGGCCCCAAAGUCUUCGGCUUCGGCCGCGGCGCUGCCUUCACCCAGACCGGAAGCGUCGCAGACGAGACAGCUCAGUCGAAGCCCGAGUGGGUGAAGCUGGACCGAACCUCCAUCAAGCCGACAGAAGGGCCGGGAUGUCCGCGCUGCGGGGGUGCUGUGUUCGCCGCCGAGUUGAUGCUCUCCAAGGGUCAGGAGUGGCACAUCUCCUGCUUCAACUGCUGCGACUGCAAGCGACCCCUGGACUCCACCAUCGCCUGUGACGGUCCCGACCGCGAGAUCUACUGCAAAAACGACUACGCCAAGCGCUUCGGCCCCAAAGGCUUCGGCUUCGGGCACGCGCCCACUCUGGUGUCUUUCUUGGGAGAGGACGAGAACCAAUUAGUGGACCAGGUGACGGCUCCGUCGAUGGGCGCCAAGGCGGCGCCGGGCGAGGGGUGUCCGCGCUGCGGGUUUUCCGUGUUCGCCGCCGAAAUGAUGCUGCACAACGGACGGACGUACCAUCGGCAGUGUUUCAGCUGCACAGAAUGCAACCGGAGCCUGGACUCGACCAACACGUGCAGUGGACCCCAAAACGAGCUUCUGUGCCGCACCUGCUACGGUCGCCAGUUCGGUCCCAAGGGCGUGGGCUACGGCCAGGGAGCCGGUGUGCUCAGCAUGGGUUAGCACGCGGCGUGACAGCGCCGAACGUCCUUGGCGGACUUCGAGCCGGGCCCGUGGGCUUAUCGGUCGAUGGUGGUCGGUGGGCCCACGAGCUGGAGGAGUCCCCGGCCUCGCGGACGCGCCAUGACGCCGCAGGAGGUGGUGGCGUUACCGCGAGUGGUUUUUAGGCGUUGGCUUUCUGGUGGCGAUUAUUAGCACAAUGAAAUGUUUAUCGCUGAGCGGUAAAGAGAAAGAGUUAUCAGUUCGUGCAGCGACGUUCGUGUCAUACUAGUUCAGCAAACAUUUACAGCAGCCUCAUAUUUUCGAAUUUCCGAGGAGAUAGAUUCGACGAAAAUGAUGCUUGUUAUUCUGGCAACGUGCCAGUUGAAGAACUGCAUCGGAUCAGGUGUUGUUCAACAACAUUUUUGCUCAUGACAGGCGCGAGGAGUGAUUUGCAGUGUGUGUAGAGCUGUUUUCAAUAAACC